AUGAAGAACGAAUUGGAGCAGAGAGACAGCAUGAAGAAGAAAUGCGCCAUCGUGAAGAUCUUCAAAGUUCGGAAGAGGCGAGAGCUGCUGUGCGCGCAGGCGGCUUUACUGUGCAGCCUGCUGCUGGGGGUUUGGGCUAUGUCGGAGCUCCUUACGCAGGCAGGUCACGGCAUGAUCAUUGAUGGAGGUAUAAAUGUUGAUGCCCACUGGGGCAGGAGACUGAUGGCCUUGGCGCAUAACAACGAGACUGUGGAGAAGAACUGUACUGAGCCAGCCAUACAUGAAUUUCCUGAUGACUAUUUCACCAACGCUGAGCGGAAAAGUGGAGCAGUGCUACUGCAUAUCCUAGCGGCCCUGUAUAUGUUCCUGGCACUAGCGAUUGUGUGUGACGACUACUUUGUGACCUCUUUGGAGAAGAUAUGUGAGAAGUUGGAUCUGAGUGAAGAUGUAGCGGGAGCCACAUUCAUGGCUGCAGGAAGCUCGGCUCCUGAACUCUUUGCAUCCGUUAUAGGUGUGUUCAUUACUCAUGGUGAUGUUGGAGUAGGAACCAUUGUCGGCUCUGCUGUCUUCAACAUCCUCUGCAUUAUUGGAGUGUGCGGAAUUUUUGCGGGACAGGUAGUGCUAUUGACAUGGUGGCCUGUGUUUCGGGACUCGCUCUACUACAUCCUGUCUGUUGUGGCAUUAAUUGCAUUUAUCUAUGAUGAGAAGAUUGUAUGGUGGGAGAGCUUGGUAUUGGUGGUCAUGUAUACGGGAUACAUUCUGAUCAUGAAAUUUAACUCCACAAUGCAGACUUUUUUUACUGGAAAAGGCAACAAGAAUGUUGCUAACGGAAACGCAGCAAGCGGAAACGAGCUGGAGGACGUCAAACCUGGUAAGGCCUACACUCGAGGUUCAGUGAUCAUGGUGGAUGAGAUCAUCAAUGCCAGUCCUCCAAAUUACCGUUUUCCUGAGGUUGGACUUCGUGUCAUGGUCACCAACCACUUCGGAGCCAAAACUCGCCUGCGCAUGGCCAGCCGUCUUAUCAUUACAGAGAGGCAAAAGCUGGUGCAGGGAGCCAAUGGUGUUGAGGUGGCAGUGGUGGAUGGAAAGAGUGACAUUGAGAAUGGGAACGUGCCAGAGGACAAGCCAAGUCAGGAAGAGGAUGGAGAACUGACCUCACCAUUCAAUAUACCAAAGGGUUGCAUGAACAAGACCAAAUGGCUGAUCUCAUGGCCUCUGCUGCUUCUGCUCUUCUUCACCAUCCCAAACUGCGCCAGACCUCGUUGGGAGAAAUACUUCAUGCUGUCCUUCAUCCUCUCGACUGUCUGGAUCGCAGUCUUCUCCUACUUUAUGGUGUGGAUGGUGACCAUCAUUGGGUACACGCUCGGCAUUCCCGAUGUUAUUAUGGGCAUCACAUUCCUGGCAGCCGGCACGAGCGUUCCAGAUUGCAUUGCCAGCCUGAUUGUUGCUCGCCAAGGUCUGGGCGACAUGGCUGUGUCUAACAGCAUCGGCAGUAACGUCUUUGACAUCCUGGUGGGUCUCGGAUUGCCAUGGGCUUUACAGACGAUGGCCAUCAGCUACGGCUCAGUGGUGAUGAUAAACAGCCGAGGGUUACUGUACUCCGUUGUGCUGCUGCUCGCCUCUGUCGCUCUCACAAUCCUGGGCAUCCACAUCAACAAGUGGAAGUUGGACUUCAAGCUGGGUGUGUACGUACUGGUCCUGUACGCCAUCUUCCUCUGCUUCUCCAUCAUGAUCGAGUACAACGUGUUCACCUUCGUCAACCUGCCCAUGUGUCGGGAGGACCAUUAGAACCCACACAGUCUUCUACAUCUUUCUAAUGUUCACCUCCAUGCAGUUCUCCCUCUUGAUGUUCCUUUCUCAACCCUCUUUCAAACUAGCUCUGUCUCUGCUCUUUUAACAGCCACUGGUCUUCCGCUGUUGUGUCAAAACCACCAUUACCUCAAAGUGGACUCGGAUAUCGUUCUUUAUCUUACAGUAAAUCACAAAUAUUCUCUCACUGGCAGCAGUCCACAAAAUAUUUGGUGUUUCUCUGGUGACCAGGAGCUUGCCUCACCAUAGCAGGUCAAGGAAACAAUAACACAAGCCCUCAAUCAUGUAGUUCUCUCCAUGAUCCAAGAGGAGGAUCUUCUUGUUGGCAGCUCUUUUAUUCUUUAAAAAGAAAAGCAGAGAAAAGAAAUCUUCCAUGUUACAGAGUGGAUCUGUCAAAUACGGGCAGUGCUGGCUUUGUCCGAUAUAAACUCGUUGCUUCUUUAUGUCUAUAUUGGGGUUUUUUGUGUAAUUUAAUGUUAUUUAUUAAUUUAUUGACACCUAUUUAAUUAAUUUAUUUUGUGACCUUGACAGAUGAGCAUGUUUUCCUAUUUUGCAGUGCGAUGUAAAAAUUUUAUUUUCUUUCGAACAGUUUUGGUGAACUUUUUUGUAAUAAGAAUGCAAUAUUGAGAGAGAGAGAAAGAAAAAGUGAGAGAGAGAAAGCAAAAAGAGAGCGAGACAGAGAGAAAGAAAAAGAGAGAAAGAAAAAGAGAGAGAGAAAAAGAAGAAAGUGAGAGAGAAAGGAAGGAUCUGGAUAAGAUCUGGAUUACUCGAAGACUUGUGCGUUGUCCUUUAAAGAUGAAAAUGGUUCCUAUUUAAUCUAGGGACCUGGAGGAAAGUGUACUGAGGAAAGAGCUUUUUCAGUAAAAAGCAUUUCAUCUCAUUGAACAGAUUUAUUUGUCACAGUAUGAAGAAAUUUCUGGAAUGUCAUCUUGUGAGAUUCAUGCAUGUACAGUGUCUUGCAAAAGUAUUCAUCCCCCUUGGUGUUUGUCCUGUUUCGUUGCAUUACAAACUGAAAUUAAAAUGGAUUUUUGUAGAGUUAGCACCAUUUGACUUACACAACGCGCCUACCACUAUAGAGAUCUUGCAGUCACGUGACCGGAAAGUACACAGCCGCCAUCUUGUCAGUAAAAAACACAGCUGAAUACUGCUGCACUCGUGUACAGAAUGGAUCAAUUUCAACCGACGGACUACACGGCUCAUUUUUCUAAUGAACAGAUAACUAGAUAUAUGUCUUAAAUAAACGAUCUACAGAUUAGUGACCCUUAUGGCUUACCGGACGGAGUUUUCACGACCGUGUCAGUGGAUGUUGAACUGCCAGCGGAAUACCCAGACGUGUAUAAUUACCUCAUUAACUUUCCCUCGCUGUUCAGUGGUGAAGCACUGCGUGCUUAUAAAUCUCUGGACAGUUAUCUUUACAGAAAUUCAGGAUUUGUCAGCGACUCAGAUGUGGCAUCUUGUAAACAAGAAAAUAACUAUCCUCAUUGGACGGGUAAGUCACUUAAGUAUUGAGUAUAGCACUGACCAGCCGAUUAUAGAAUAGAAUAGAAUAAGGUAAUUCCAGCUGUAAUUCCAAAUCAUCCGUCUUGUUUACCAUGGAUCUGGCAUUGGAGAGAUAGAAGCUUGGCAGUGGAGAUUUGAGUGGCUGUUUUCUGAGCUUAGUCAACAGGCCGGCUCUGCCUGCAGCCUCGCUUUUGCUUCCGCUCCCGACGCCACCUCCUUCGCUUUGCUUCCGAUAACAAUCCACGGAGACCCUGCUGGUCUCGCUAUCUCGUCCGGAAUGUUGUGCAUGCGAUGGAAAUCGCUACAAACCGUCAUUUUCUGCUGGAAACCAAUGUCCAGUAAGUCCAUACGGUUGUAAUGGAUAUUGAAGUCCGGUACAGACGAACAACACGCAAAAAUACACACAAAAAACAUAAAAAAUGUGCACAGGUAGGGAGAGCUUGUAGCCGCAGCCAUUGUAGUAGAAUUGUAUAUAGUAGGGUUUUCCAGAAGAAAAGGUAGAAGUAGAAGGCGGAAAAUGGCGUUUGACCGACAAGAUGGCGUCUGUCACAAUCUGGAUCGGCUGUGACGUCACAUGCAAGUGCUCCAUACUCUGAGGUCCUGGGCCUGUCAGACACUCUGUGGCAUUCUGAUAAACCUUGACAUUUUUAAGUAUUUCAUCUAAUUAAAAACAUUCAUGCAAAAGUGACACACAUGGUUAUCUUCUGGACGCCCUCAGCAAUAAUAAUAUGAGAGUAAAGUGAAUGUGAUGAAAUUUGUUUUUAUUUUAAUUAAGUGCAAACACAACCUUACAAAAAACUAUUUUCAGAGUCUUCAAACCUUGUAAAAAAAAACCCACUAUAAAUAUAUCUGCACAAGACUUUUGAAGUCCGAACCUUGUAAACAUAGGUGUUGGCUACAUAAAAGUAAGAACAGCAUUCAGAAAUGUUCUGUAGUUUCAAUACUAAUUGUAGAAACUUCAGACUACCUUUGUUUUCUCCAAAGCCAGUUGCCCUUUCAAAUGAAUAUUGAUGAGGUAGGUGCAAUUCACCUGUAAUCCCCCUGUCAUAGUCCAUUUGUCAAAGACCCUGGCCCUGGCCCCUGUACCUCCCUGCCCCCACACCUCUCUGCUUGGAAAGUUACUGCAAAGAAAAGAAGCCCUAAAAGCCAAAGCUACAUUUCGUAAUCUUAUGCAUAGACUUAUGCACGGACUAUAAUAAAUCUAAAAUUAGCGAUGGAGAUAAACUAUGACUAUGCAGGGCAUGUUGACUUAGGUAACUAAUUACUGUAAAUCAGUAAUCAGUAAAUCAGUGAAACAUAGUUUGGCAACAGAAAAAUGUUUUCAAAACUUGACGAAAAUAACACAGCAUGUUUCGAUCAGCUAGUUCUUUCUCUUCAAAGAGCACCUCCUAUCCUGACAACCCACUAACCAGCUAACAUGCACUCUCUUUUUCUUACUCUGAUUUCAUAUGUUUUACUGUAGCUUGAUUGUUUUUCUCAAUUGCAAGUCGCUUUGGAUAAAAGUGUCUGCUAAAUGCAAUGUAAUGUAGUUCUCCCUAUACGCUAACUGAAAAAGCAUGACAACAACCGCUAGUGAGACAUCUUCCUUGCAUUGGCCAUUCCUCAAAGUUUCUCAGGUGGUGUUUACAUUAGACCGUAUCCGUCUCGUUUUCGUCGCGGAUGCACUGUCCGUUCACAUUAAAACGCCGGGAAACGACUCCACAGGCAGAACAACUUGAAUCCGCCAGGGCCCACGUAUUCAAUCCAUUACGUAUCUGAUCCGGUGCUGUGUAAACAUUGAGGAACGCGGAUACGCUGUGCUGAGCUCUAGCUGACGUCGUCAUUGGACAACGUCACUGUGACAUCCACCUUCCUGAUUCGCUGGUGUUGGUCAUGCCACGUUGGUCAUGUGACGCGACUGCUGAAAAACGGCGCGGACUUUCACUUUCUGCUAGUUGUCCCGUAUCACUGCUCGUGCGCUUCACUCGCGCGCUCUGUGAGCUGCGCAGGGCCGGAGUGCGCACCCUCCAGAGGGCACUCGCUGUUCAGGGCGGAGUGAUUUGGAGCGCAGGAUGCCUGCGGAGCCGAGCAUAUCCAUGUAUUGGCGUUGCUGUGUGCACGCGAAUCGUGUAUUGGUGUUGCUGUGUGCACGCUAAUCGUUUUAAAAACGUUAAUCUGAUGAUCCGCUGAUACGGUCUAAUGUAAACCCCACCUCAGUUGGUAUGGAAACAAGUGAACAUGUGCACUUGUUUAUACCGGUGAAAUGGGGCGUGUUCUCACCUCCCCUUGCUACACAAUGAGCGAAUGACGACACUGAUGCUCCAUGCGCUUAACAUGUGAAUAGCUGAUGGGUGUGUCGUUAAGAGGCUGUUGCUGGCUGAAGUACUGAAAUUCGUAAGAUUUGUUUUUAUUCUCUUUACA